AUGUCGAGCCGCACCAUCUCGUCAUCUUCAUUUCAAAACUUUUGGCUUCUUCUUGUCACUCUCUUUUUAUCCUAUCUCUCCUAUCAUGUGCUCAUCCAACAACGAUCCGAAAUUGAUCAAUUAAAAAAACAAGUCUCUUUUCAUCGGAAUUUGUGGAAGCAAUGGUUUGAAUUUAAAAUUCAACAACGAGGAGUACAAGUACGAGGAGAACGUCAAGUACAAAAAGCAAGUACAACCACUCCAACAGCAUCCUCAUUGGACACUUUGAAAGCACUCCCUCCUGGAUGUCAAGACGAAGCCAUUGAUCGACAAUUCUUGCUCGAGAUGGAAUCUUACUUUUGGAAUAGAAUUGCUCAAGAGGAGAAACGAAAUGUGUAUUUAUAUUGUAAUUACAUGACAAGUAGUAGUAGUAGUAGGGAUGAUACCGAUGCUUCUGUGGUUGCCUUUUCCAAAUCUUCAUGUGAACAAUUCGUUAAAUUUUUAGAACAUGAAUUACCUCACUUUAAUUACACCAUUUUAGGAAGAGAUGAAAGAGUAUUGGCAAGUGAAAAUGAUUACGUAUUAAAUGUUGUCAAUAGCAUGGAUGGAUUAAGAAAACUGAAAGAUGUUUCCGGUAGCUUGAUUGCAUUAAUUUUAAAUGAAUGCUCACAAGUCAUUGAAGUCAAAGAUUCCGAUGUGGCCACUGUUUUAGAAAAUAAUUAUUUGGUGAAAUUUAAAACGAGUACACCUGUCACGCAAUCCAAUGAUUUUGGAAUCAAAACUUGUGAUGACUCUGUUUUGAAAUUAAAUUAUUUUGUCAUGAAACAAGAAAGCAAAGAACAAGAUUAG